AUGGAAGUUCAUAUUACUUCAAACCAGAUGGUUAAGCCCUCCUCUUCAAAACUUCAUCUCUUUAAACCCUUCAAGAUUUCCCUUUUAGAUCAACUCACUCCCGGAAUUUCCCAAUUCGCAGACCAACUAAAACAAUCGCUCUCGAAAGCUUUGACUCAGUUUUACCCUGCUGCUGGUCGGGUGAAGAACAACCUUUUUAUUACUAAUUUCGACGAGGGAGUUCCUUAUGUUGAAACCAAGGUGAAAGGUCGACUAUCUGAUUUCAUUGAGCCAACUCAGAAACUAGAGGCAAUGAACCGAUUGCUUCCUUGUCGACCCUUUCGCUAUAUUCAAGACUCAACAACAGCACCCCAAUUGGCUGUUCAAGUCAACAUCUUCGAUUGCGGUGGGAUUGCAAUAGGUUUGUGUGUUUUCCACAAGAUCUUCGAUGGAGCAACCCUGUCUGCUUUCCUUAACAGUUGGGCAGCUUUCAGUCGUGGCUCGAAUGGCGAAAUACCAAAUCCUGGACUGUUAGGGUCAUCGUCACGGCUUUUCCCUCCGAUUGAGUCGAUGCCGGAAAAUGCCGACUGGCAUAGCAUGUUCUUCAAUUACGACAGGCGUAUGAUGUCAAGGACUUACGUGUUUGAUGCCAAUGCGAUUUCGACUCUUAAGUUGAAAGUGAAAAGCAAAAGCUUGGAGCAUCCUUCCCGAGCAUUAGCUCUCACUGCAUUCAUAUGGAAACAUGUCAUCCAGGCAUCUCGAUCAGCUUCAGGAACUCUAAAGCCAGCUAUUUUAUGCCAACCCGUUAACCUUCGACCGAGAUUGAAGCCCAUCUUACCGAGUUAUUGA